UAAUUUGUACUGUGUUCUAUGGAUGUAAGCAAGAAAGGGGAAAGUACUUCGUCUUUUGAUGUGCUAUGAUUGACAAAUAAAUGGUGAAGUUUGUCUGUAGUAAAUGUGAUAUUCUUAACUUUCAUCAGGAUUUUGCUGAUGAAGUAUCCGAAACGACUAAUUAUCGGAAAAGUUGGAGAGGAAGCUGUAAAACGUUCCCGUAUUUCAGAAAGCUCGCCUGCGAGUCGCGUUAAGAUUAGUAUGGCCGGGAAUGGAGAAAUCCAGUGGUGCUUUUCACAAGUUAAAGGAACGCUAGAUGAUGAUGUUACAGAAGCAGAUAUAAUAUCAUGUGUUGAAUUUAACCACGAUGGAGAGCUGCUUGCAACAGGAGACAAAGGAGGUCGUGUGGUUAUUUUUCAGCGUGAUCCGUUGUCCAAGAGUGCAAUUCCAAGGCGAGGUGACUAUAAUGUUUAUUCCACUUUUCAGAGUCAUGAACCUGAAUUCGAUUAUCUAAAAAGUUUGGAAAUUGAAGAAAAGAUAAACAAAAUCAGGUGGUUAAAAAGAAGAAAUCCUGCCCAUUUUCUCCUAUCCACAAAUGAUAAAACUAUCAAGUUAUGGAAAGUAUCGGAGAGAGAUAAAAAAGUGGAGGGAUACAACACAAGAUCUGAAAAUGGAUCAUUAGUUAAUCCAACAGCUAUUAAUUCGUUACGAGUGCCAGUUAUUAAGCCAAUGGAAUUAAUGGUUGAAGCAUCUCCAAGAAGAAUAUUUGCGAAUGCCCAUACUUACCAUAUAAAUUCCAUAUCAGUUAAUUCUGAUCAAGAAACAUUUCUGUCUGCUGAUGACCUUAGAAUUAACCUAUGGCAUUUAGAAAUAACUGAUCAAAGUUUCAAUAUUGUUGACAUCAAACCAACCAAUAUGGAGGAACUUACAGAAGUUAUCACAGCUGCCGAAUUUCAUCCAGUGGAAUGUAAUUUGUUUGUCUAUAGCAGUAGCAAGGGAACAAUAAGGUUAUGUGAUAUGAGGGCAGCUGCGCUUUGUGAUAGACAUGCAAAAUUAUUUGAGGAACCUGAGGAUCCAACAAAUAGAAGUUUCUUUUCGGAGAUUAUUUCUAGCAUUAGUGAUGUUAAACUGGCAAACAAUGGAAGAUAUCUAGUUUCUAGAGAUUAUCUUUCAGUAAAGGUCUGGGAUCUUCACAUGGAAGCUAAGCCUGUUGAAAUCUAUCCUAUACAUGAAUAUCUGAGAGCGAAACUUUGUUCCCUAUAUGAAAAUGACUGCAUAUUUGAUAAGUUUGAAUGUUGUUGGAAUGGAAAUGAUACUGCAAUCAUGACAGGUUCCUACAAUAACUUCUUUAGAAUAUUUGAUCGGACAAUGAAACGUGAAGUGACUUUAGAAGCUUCAAGAGAUGUAGCCAAACCUAGAACAAUAUUAAGACCUAGAAAGGUCUGUUCACAAGGCAAGCGAAAAAAAGAUGAAAUCAGUGUGGACUGUUUAGAUUUUAAUAAGAAAAUUUUACAUACUGCCUGGCAUCCAAUGGAAAAUAUAAUCGCAGUGGCAGCAACUAACAACUUAUUUUUAUUUCAGGAUAAAUUCUAAUGUAAAUAAAAAUAAAUUAUUUUAAUUUGAAAAUUGUUACUUAAUUGAUUGUAUAAUAAUUAAUUAUUGGUUGCACCAACGCAGCGCCUAAUAAGGCUUACUGCAGCGCCACAAUGUUCCUGGGAUAUUUGGUGUUAUGACCCCUUUAAGAAUUUGACAACUUUCACAUUUUGUUAA